CAAAGGUUCUUCUAAUUAAGAAUGGAGGAGGAACCAGCCAAGAAACAACCAAGAAGAUUAAUCUAUGUAUGUACGUUGACACUGCACUCAUAGUUACUCACAACAUCACUGUGUUGAAGAUCCCACCACUGGCUAGAGAGCCUCUUCCUUAUUUUCAAUGGUUUCUUCUUCUUCUUCUUUUUUGGAUGCUCCCAGAAUCAAACAUGAUGUCUUCAUCAGCUUCAGAGGAGAAGACAUCCGCACUUCUUUUCUUAGCCAUUUGCGAAAAGAGUUGCAUCGUAACCACAUCGAUUUCUUCGUAGAUGACGAGAAACUGCAUCCUGGAGAUGACAUUUCAUCCACGCUUAUCCAAGCAAUCGAGGAGUCUUCUAUUUCCUUAGUGAUCUUUUCGGAAAACUAUGCUUCUUCAACUUGGUGCUUGAAUGAACUUGUGAAAGUAAUUCAAUGCAUGAAACAAGAUCAAAGGAUUGUGAUACCUGUUUUCUACAACGUUGUUCCUUCUGAUGUGCGGCAUCAGAAUAAUUCCUUUAAGGAGGCUUUUGAUAAACACCAACACAGAUUGAAGGGAAAUAUGAUGAAGGUGCAAGGUUGGAGAUUUGCUUUAAAGGAAGCUUCUAGUUUAUCUGGAUUUCAUUAUCCAUCGAAAUAUCAGGAUGAAUCUAAAUUCAUUGAAGAAAUUGUGAAUGAUAUUUCAGAGAAAUUGUCAUAUAUUUUCUCAAUAGAAUCCAAAGGUCUUGUUGGAAUUGAUGAUAGUUUUACAUGUAUUGAAUCAUUACUGGAAAUUGAAUCGAGCGAGGUCCGAAUCAUAGGAAUUUGGGGGAUGGGAGGAAUAGGUAAAACUACUAUUGCUGAAUUCUUAUUUGACAAAUAUUCUUCUCAUUAUGAAGGCAGUUGUAUGUUGAAAAAUGUAAGAGAAGAAUCACAAAAGUUUGGUGUGCCUUUUUUAUGUGAGAAACUUAUUUCUGAGUUAUUAGCCGGAGAAAGCCUUGUUUUGAAAGGAUCAUCCAGAGCAAGAUCCGCUUUUAUCCAGAGAAAGUUGAGUCGGAAAAAAGUUUUCAUAGUGCUUGAUGAUAUGGAUACAUUAGAACAGUUUGAACAUCUUGCUACACAAUGGUUGGGACCAGGUAGUAGGAUCAUUGUAACUACCAGAGACAAGCAUGUCCUUAGAAAAGUUCAUGGAAUAUAUGAGCUCCAGGGCUUGAGCUUUGAAAAUUCCAUUAAGCUUUUUUGCUUGAAUGCUUUUGACAAAGUCUAUCCUGAAGCUGGAUAUGAAGAGGUUUCUAAAAUGGCAGUCAAUUAUGCAAAAGGCGUUCCAUUGGCUUUAAAAGUUUUAGGUUCUUUUUUAUAUUCUAAAACCAUAGAAGAAUGGGAAAGUGCUUUGGGAAAGCUCAAGAUUUAUCCUAAUAUAGAUAUUUUUAAUGUCUUAAAGUUGAGUUAUGAUGGGCUAGAUGAUUUAGAGAAGGACAUAUUCCUUGACAUUGUAUUUUUUUUCAAAGGAGAAGAUAAGGAUGUUGUUGUACCAUAUCUAGAAUCCUGUGGUUUCUUUCCUGCUAUUGGCAUAGGCAACCUUUCACGUAAAGCUCUUAUAACGAUUUCAAAGUAUAAUAGAAUAGAAAUGCAUGACUUGAUAGAACAAAUGGGUCGAGAAAUAGUUCGUCGAGAAUCAAUUAAAGACCCUGGAAGACGUAGCCGCUUAAGUGACCCUGAGGAUGUCUACAAUGUACUGAAUAAUAAUAAGGGAACAGACUCAGUUGAAGGCAUUAUGCUGGACAUGUCUCAAAUUAAAAGACACCUACAAUUAGAUGCUGACACUUUUAAAAGGAUGCCUAAUAUAAGGUUUCUCAAAAUUUGUAAUUCAUGGAGGCACAAAAUAUCAGCUUCAACUCUCAAGUCAUUUCCAAAUGAACUAAGAUACUUGGGGUGGAGUGGCUGCCCUGUGAAGUCUCUUCCUCCAAAUUUUUGUGCUGAGAAGCUUGUUGAACUUUCUAUGCCAGAGAGCCAAGUUUCUAAGCUUUGGGAUGGAGUUCAGGAUCUUGUAAAUUUAAAGAGGAUUAACCUUAGGGGAUGCAAGCAGCUAGUGGAGCUUCCAGAUUUUGCUCAGGCAUCAAACCUUGAAAUGGUAUACCUAGAUGAUUGUGCAAGGCUGUGUCAACUUCAUCCAUCCAUUCUAUCCAGUCACAAGCUUGAAACCUUCAGUGUUCAUAACUGCAAAGAACUGAAGAGUCUUAAAGGCAAGGUUCAUUUGAAAUCUCUUGAAACACUACAUGUUGGCGGGUGCUCAAGCAUGAAGGAAUUUUCGGUGUCAUCAGAGGAAUUAACGAGUUUGAAUCUCAAAGGGACAAUAGUUGAAAUGCUGCACUCAUCAGUUGGCCGUCUCAGCAAACUUGUGGAGUUUGAUCUGAGUAAUGUGAGACUUGAAACUCUUCCAAACGAACUGUGUCUCUUAGUAUCCCUUGAGGAACUAAAUCUUAGAGGAUGCAAACAGUUGAUUGAACUCCCUCACAAUAUGAAAGCCUUGUCGCGGUUACAGGAUCUCCACAUAACGGAUUGCUGCAGCCUUCAAUCUUUACCAGAGCUUCCAUCAUCUAUUAGACAUUUAUCUGCCACAAACUGCACGUCACUCGAGAAAUUAUUCAAUGCAGAGACAGUAUUCAGUUUAAAUCUAAUGUCCAUCUCAUUUGAAAACUGCGAGAGGCUUGAUGAGCAUUCAUUCUUAGAAUAUGUGCAUCAUGCAAUGAUGGGAGUAGUAAUUAGAGACCUGUCGAAAGGGAUGCUGCAAUAUAUACCUGAUGAUUACUAUGGGAAUUUUAGCCCUCAUGACUUCCCUGAACGCAAACGCGAGGUUUUUCAUCCCGGAAGCAAGGUUCCAUCAUGGUUCAAAUAUCAGACAAGAGGUAGUUCAGUAACCGUUGACUUUCCUGCAGAUCAACCUCAUUAUCUCGAUACACUAGUGGGUUUCAUUUUCUCCUGUGUUGUUUAUCAUAUUCCUUCUCAAAGAGGAGUUCCUCCUAUUGGUCCUGUUCGUUCUGCAAAAUGGCCUCCCGUGAUCGGUUGUCAUUCAGAUUUAGGGUAUAGCAAACAGUCUGCUACGACGAGCAGAUGGAGCUCAGACCAUGUUUGUAUAUGGUUUGCAGAAUUUGAUCAUUGCAGUAUAUUCGAUAGAAAGAAUGUUACAUUUGAAUUCAUAGCUCAAUCUUUUCAUAUGAAAUAUCAUGACGAAGGUGUGCCGUACUAUGAGCGGUUGCGAUAUGAAUGGGAGGUCAUAGGGUGCGGGGUUUGUCCGGUAUAUGCCUCAAACAUCCUGGAUGUCUUCCAAAAUAUGGAUCCGGAUUUUCAAUUCUUUUAUGAUAGACCGUCGUGGUUAGAUAAGGAGAAUGUUGAUCAAUCCAUUUUCACUCUUCAUGAAGUGAAAACACGGGUGAUUCGCAAGAUGGAAGAGGUAGAGCAGAGCAGAGCAAGAAGAAGAAGAAGAAGAGAAGAAGAAGAAGAAGAAGAAGAAGAAGAAGAAGAAGAAGAAGAAGAAGAAGAAGAAGAAGAAGAAGAAGAAGACAAAGAAGAAGGCGAAAACGAAGAAGAAGAAGAAGACGAAGAAGAAGACGAAAACGAAGAAGAAGAAGAAGAAGAAUUUUAAGAAAUCACUUGUUUGAUCAGUGAAGACCGAGAACUUAUUACUUCAGUUUUCAUCUCUUGAAUGUUCAUGCUGCUUCAGAAUUUACUAUUGGUGGAUCUAGGGGGCAACUCCUUCCCAUGGUUGUUGGCGAUCUAAUUUAUGCUUUUUAACUUAAUUCAUACUUUUCUUUAAAGCAAUUAACAUAAUCUCGUUAAUCUAUUGCCAGAACUCUCUUUUCAAUUAGUUUUCAUGUUUAUUAAUUACUUAUGUUAAUCUAUUGCCAGUCAAUUAUGCAAAAGG